AGAGCUGCCAUCUUGCGUCCCCACGUGUGUGCACCUAAACUCAGCUGGUCUUCCUGAGACCCUCUGAGCACCAACCCUAGUCCCCUGCGCGGCCCCUUUUACGCUUCGACAAGAUGAAAGAAACUAUCAUGAAUCAAGAGAAACUCGCCAAACUGCAGGCACAAGUGCGCGUUGGUGGGAAAGGAACUGCUCGCAGAAAGAAGAAGGUGGUUCAUAGAACAGCUACAGCAGAUGACAAAAAACUUCAGUUCUCCUUAAAGAAAUUAGGAGUAAACAAUAUUUCUGGUAUUGAAGAGGUGAAUAUGUUUACAAACCAAGGAACAGUGAUCCACUUUAACAACCCUAAAGUUCAGGCAUCUCUGGCAGCAAACACUUUCACCAUUACGGGCCAUGUGGAGACAAAGCAGCUGACAGAAAUGCUACCCAGCAUCUUAAACCAACUUGGUGCAGACAGUCUGACUAGUUUAAGGAGACUGGCAGAAGCUCUGCCCAAACAAUCUGUGGAUGGAAAAGCACUGCUUGCUACUGGAGAGGAUGAUGAUGAUGAAGUUCCAGAUCUUGUGGAGAAUUUUGACGAGGCUUCCAAGAAUGAGGCAAACUGAAUUGAGUCAACUUCUGAAGAAGAUGAAACUUGAAGAAGUUAUUGGGAGCUGCUAUUUUAUAUUAUGACUGCUUUUUAAAAUUGUUUUGUUUAUGGAUCUGAUAAAAUCUAGAUCUCUAAUAUUUUUAAGCCUAAGCCCUUUGGACACUGCAGCUCUUUUCAGUUUUUGCUUAUACACAAUUCAUUCUUUGCAGCUAAUUAAGCUGAAGAAGCCUGGGAAUAAAGUUUGAAACAAAGGUUAAUAAAGUUCUUUGCAUAGUAAAAAAAAAAAAAAAA